AUGGAAGACGUAUCGGUGACAUCGGUCGACUUGGCCGAAGAGGCCACGGAUGCUCACGGCAGCGAACACUUGUAUGUGACCGUGACCCGUACAGACGAUCUUGUGGAUGACGAUGGCUCGAUUUUGGCUGAACGUAUCAUGGCUGUUCAGGUGACCUUUGAUGUUAUUGAGAACCAGUUGCAUUGCAACGGCGUUCCUAUCGAAAUCGGCGUAUCCAACAUUCAAGUGGAAGCACAAAUCGCCUCCAACCCUGAAAAAUUGACCAUCGCAUCCGAGCAGGAUGCAGCAUUGUUGGUCGACAGCUUUGACAUUGGCUUGGCCACUGUUGAAGUCACUGCCACUUUGAUGGAAGAGCUCAAGACCGAAGACGGCCUGACCCUCCGCCGUCUGAGUGUUCAAGAACGUAUCACUGAAAUCAACGGCCAAGAUGUUGUCCAGACUGAAGCUGGUCAGCAGAUUUUGGACAUGUAUGAAGAUGGUUCCUUUGAACGAUGGGCCGUUGACCCCGUUACCGGUUUCUUGUUGCCUGGCCCUGCUGUUGUUGACGAUGCCACUGCUUUCCAACAAACUGAAGAACAAAUCCCAGCAGCUGAUAAUCAGCCCAUUCUGGCGUCUGAACACGCGGGUACCAAGGGUUGCGCCGGUGCAUUGAUCGACCCUGUUGUUAACUGGUGGAACGAACAGUCGUCGUUGGUCCGCGGAUUCAUCACAGGCGGUUUCUUUGCUGUCCUGUUUGGUAUUGCAUUGGCUAUCCGUCAAUUGAUUGUCUCGUCCGCCAACUCGGACUAUGACCAGCUGCCUAUCUCUGACCACACCCAGGAGGCCAUCUGGCAAGACAAGAAGGACCAGCAGGAGGAAGAGAAACGCCCCUUUUUGUCGUAA